UGGUGAAAAAAGACGCAGUAUUGUAUGGAUUUUUCCGGAAAAGUUGCCUUGGUAACAGGAUCUACUAGCGGUAUAGGGCUGGGUAUUGCUCGCACUCUCGCCAAGAAGGGGUGUACCGUUAUUUUAACAGGAUUGGCCGAUCAAACAACCAUUGACGACCUUGUAAAUGAGUUCAAAAUAUUGUGCAAUGAGAGAGCCUCGUUCCUACCAUGUGAUAUGCGAUCACGUGAUUCAGUUCACCAAAUGUAUCAAGAAAUCUCCAAAUUAUACCCUGAUGGAGUUGAUAUUCUCGUUAAUAAUGCAGGAAUCAACCACGUCAGGCCGAUUGAGGAGUUUCCGGAUGAAAAAUGGGAUGAGAUGAUCAGUAUUAUGUUGUCUAGUCCUUUUGAUCUCAUUAAAUACUUCAUAUCAGGCAUGAAAAGAAAACGAUGGGGGCGGAUUAUCAAUAUAUCAUCCAUGAUGGGAUUAAUCAGUCAACCAGGGAAAGCCGUGUAUAGCGCUGCAAAAUCAGGACUAAUUGGAUUGUCUAGGGGUGUAGCUUUAGAGGGAGCGCCAUUUGGUGUCACUUGUAACGCCAUAUGUCCUGGAUACGUGUACACAGCAGUGACUGAUCCGCAGGUGCGUGCUUUUCAGGAAAAGGAGGGUAUAUCAACGUUUGAGGAAGCUAAGGACAAAUUUUUUUCUCGAGCUCCAACAGGAAAGGCAGUAGAAGUUGAACAGAUAUGUGACUUAGUGGCUUUUCUGUGUACCUCUGGAGCAAACAGUAUGACAGGGUCGCCAAUAGUGAUAGAUGGCGGAUUCACUCUUCAGUAGCGGAAAAAGACUAUUGCUCAAUUCUUAAAAUAUCAUUGAGGUUUACAAAGGUCACAGUAGAACUUCAAUGUACAUUUCAAUGUAUUUUAUAACUAGUCGAUCUUUAAUGUGUAUUUUAUUUUUAUAUCCUAUAAUAUUAGUUAGCGUGCAUUUUUUAAUGUAGUCAUUUUAUAAAAUGCUUAUUCAGAAAUGUUAUAUAAAAUAAUACACAGAGAAUUUAUACACAGGAAUGCCAUAUUGUUAUAAUUACAUGUAGACUGGCGAGGCAUGAAUUAUUGUCUAAUUGUAAUACCUACAAUAUUUUAUUCAAGUAUAUAGGGCUAUGUGAUUAUAAUUUUUACAAAACAAACAUUAAAAAUAUUUUUCGUUUUAA